UGCGGAGGAUUAUGCACACCGGACUGGUUUUGGUGCAUUAUUUCCAGUCUAUGUGAAUUAGUCAGUACGUUAACACUAACACGCUGAUUGAUUUGGUUGAAGGUGAAAAUCUUUUCCUCGUCGAAAUGGCGUCUAAUGAUUAUUCCCAGUCGUCUGCUCAGGGCUAUGGAUCAUAUGGUGGUGGUGGUGGCGGCGGCGGUGCUAAUCAGGGCUAUGGUCAGUCCUCUGGCCAGAGCUACAGCCAGCAGGGCUAUGGAGGGUACAACCAAAGCUCUGAUAGCAGUUCUGGCUCCUACAGCCAGGGGGGAUAUGGCAGCUAUGGUCAACCCCAUUCAGGAGGAUAUGGUUCUCCGCCCUCUAACCAGAGUGGUGGGGGUGGUUAUAGUCAUUCCAAUCAGUCUUAUAGCUCUGGAGGCUAUAGCAGCAGCAGUAGCAGCAGCAACCAGCCAUCCAACAUGACCUACAACCAGCAGUCAUCCUUCUCUGGUUACAGCCAGCAGCAGCCUCCUCCAUCCUCUGCAAAUUAUGAAGGUAACUCGCAGGCCCCUGGCUACAACCAGCCACCCAGUGGUGGACAGAGUGGAGGUGGUUAUGGGAGCAGUGGAGGUCAGACUGGUGGCUACGGGGGCAGUGGGUGCCACCAACAACCAUCCCAGCAUGGAGGAGGUCACUACAACCAGCCUGCAAGCUAUAACUCCCCCCCUCCACAGAGCUAUAGUCAACAAAGCCAGUACAGUCAAAGUGGAGCAGGAUAUGGAGAUGAAAGCCCACCCAUGAGUGGAGGUGGAGGGUUGGGGUACGGUGGUCCUGAUGGAGCUUAUGGUGGUCAGGAUGUUCGUGGUGGCAGGGGCCGAGGGGGUGGAUUCGGAAGUCGUGGAGGCGGUGGAUAUGAUCGUGGUUUUGAUCGAGGAGGCAGAGGUGGACUGAGAGGACGAGGAGGCAUGGGAAUGGGCGAUCGUGGAGGAUUCAAUAAGUUUGGUGGACCAAGAGACCCAGGACAUGGAGGACCCAGCUUUAUGCAAGACCAGGAUAACUCUGAUAAUAACACCAUCUUUGUACAAGGCCUGGGAGAUGACUAUACUGUUGAAUCAGUGGCUGACUUUUUUAAGCAGAUUGGCAUCAUUAAGGUCAACAAGAAAACAGGCCUGCCCAUGAUAAAUCUCUACACAGACAGAGAGACAGGGAAGCUGAAGGGUGAGGCCACAGUUUCCUUUGAUGACCCCCCUUCAGCUAAGGCUGCGAUCGACUGGUUUGAUGGUAAGGACUUCAAUGGAAAUCCUAUCAAGGUGUCAUUUGCCACCCGCAGAGCUGACUUUGGAGGCCGAGGUGGUAUGAGGGGAGGGCGGGGACGAGGGGGGCCAAUGGGUCGUGGAGGAUUUGGAGGGGGUCGAGGUGGAGGUUUCCCAGGAGGCAAUGGUGGAGGAGGAGGAGGAGGAGGAGGAGGAGGAGGACAGCAGAGAGCAGGAGACUGGAAGUGUUCAAACCUCAACUGUGGUAACUUGAAUUUCUCAUGGCGUAAUGAGUGUAAUCAGUGCAAGGCUCCUAAACCUGAAGAUGCUGGUGGGAUGCCCCCAAUGGAAAGAGUAUGUCAGGAAUACCUAGAGGCAAUUUUGUCAAAUUUGGCACGUCUGAGUGUUUACGGGCUGGUAUCGGCGGUUAUGCAGGAGAGCGCAGAGGGGGGUUUGACCGGGGUGGCUUCAGGGGCCGAGGUGGUGACCGUGGGAGCUUCAGAGGGAGCCGAGGAGGUGACCGGGGAGGAUAUGGACCUGGCAAAAUGGACACAAGGGGUGAGCGAAGGCAGGAGCGACGGGGUCAUCCCUACUAAAUCAUUCUUCAAGAACAAAGACUCACCCCUCUUCCCACCUCAAUACAAAGACCAGUGUGUGUAA